AUGACUGCAACGAGUGGACAAACGGCUUCACGUGGGAAGAAAAAACAUUUUCUUAACAAAUUUGUUGUCCGUAAAUAUUGCUAUGGUUAUUGUGGAUGUGGGGUUUGUUUGGUUAUAGCUGGAUUUAUCCUCAUCUUUUUCAUGGGUUUGAAUGUGUCUUGGUAUAAUAGGGCAAUCUCCAAUGCUAAACAGCGCAAGAGUUUAUUGUCUGGACGAAGCAAAUUUGAGGCAUAUUUUCAAAGUGUUUGUCCAAUCUAUCCGUUUGCUAAUGGUUCUAUGCCUGAAUUUGAUUAUUCGUAUUGCAAUCGUUAUUGUAAUAAGAAUGAACAUAUGGAAUUUAUGUAUAGAAUUAUUAAACCAAAUGAAUCUAAAGCUAUGGAUGCUAAUAAGGAUGCUAAAUGUCCCUAUUAUGUUGUUCUUAGACCCUGCCAAUGUGAUAAAUACAAAAAUGGAGCAAAAAUUGAAUCUCAUUGUGAGGCUAAGAAAUUCAAUAAAGAAUUUAUCUCAAUUAAGAUAAAAGAAGGUGAAGGUAAAACUACAAAAUUGGGUAUUUGUAUUCCUUGUGAGGAUGAUUCUGCCGAUUCAAAAAUUAAUAAGAAUGCAACAACUGUUGAACCAAACACGAAGAAGAAUGGGUAG